AUGCAUGGCCAACUAUGUUCCACAUCCAACAUUGAACAAAAUCUCCUCACCUGUCAAAAGCUUGCCCGAGAAGCCUCAGAACAAGGAGCAAAAGCCCUCUUCCUCCCCGAAGCCACAGACUACAUAACCACUCCUGGAGUCCCCCCAACCUCCCUCUCCCUCGCCCUCCCCAUAUCCACAUCCCCCUUCGUACUCGGUCUCCAAAGCACCGCCAAAACGCACUCCCUCGCCAUCAACGUCGGAAUUCACGUGCCGAAUCUCGACGGCACAAAGGUUCUCAAUAGGAGUAUCUGGAUUGAUGAGUUGGGGACGAUUGUGGGUCAGUAUGAUAAGUUGCAUUUGUUUGAUUAUGCAGCGGCGGGGUUGAGGGAGAGUGAUAGUGUGGAGGCGGGUGUUAGGGUGGAGGAGCCUGUGGAGACGGUUGUGGGAAGGGUGGGAUUGUUGAUUUGUUUUGAUCUCCGCUUCCCCCUCCCCUCCCUCACGCUCCGCACCCUCAACACCCAAAUCCUCACCUACCCCUCCGCCUUCACCGUACCCACCGGAAAACUCCACUGGGAAAUCCUCCUCCGAGCGCGAGCCAUCGAAACCCAAUCAUACGUCAUUGCCGCCGCGCAAGUAGGUGCGCAUAAUUCGAAACGUGUCAGUUAUGGACAUUCGAUGGUGAUUGAUCCGCAGGGGAGAGUUGUGUUGGAUAUGGGGGAGGAAGGACAGGAAGUGGGGAAGUUGGGGAUUGCGAGGAUUGAUUUGGAGAAGGUUGGAGAGGCGAGGGAGAAGAUGCCGUUAGUGGCUAGGACUGAUGUUUAUACCGGACUAUGA